AUGGCCGGGGAGGAGGACAACCACAGCUACUACGUGUCACGGAUCUACGGGCCGGGGGACGCCCGGCGGAGGGGGCUGUGGGUGGACAUGGCAACGGCCAACAGGAGCCAAGUGAAGAUCCACGGGAUCCUCUCCAACACGCACCGGCAGGCCUCGAGAAUUGUCCUCUCCUUUGACUUCCCCUUCUACGGCCACCUCCUGCGGCAGGUCACGAUAGCGACGGGUGGUUUUAUCUUCAUGGGGGACGUCAUCCACCGGAUGCUGACGGCCACCCAGUACGUCGCACCCCUCAUGGCCAACUUCAACCCCAGCUUCUCCCGCAACUCCACCGUCCAGUACUUGGACAACGGGACGGUUUUCGUGGUGCAGUGGGACCAGGUGUAUCUCCAGGGGAAGGAGGACAUGGGCAGCUUCACCUUCCAGGCGGCCCUGCACAGCACCGGGAGAAUCGUCUUCGGGUACAAGGAGAUCCCCGUGCCCGUCCUACAGAUCAGUGCCACCCAGCACCCCGUGAAAGCCGGUCUCUCCGAUGCCUUCAUGAUCCUCAACUCCUCUCCCGAUGUGCCUGAGUCCCGCCGUCGGACCAUCUAUGAGUAUCAUCGCGUGGAGCUGGACACCAGCAAGAUCACCAACAUGUCAGCCGUGGAGUUCACCCCGCUGCCCACUUGUCUCCAGCACCAGAGCUGUGAAAUGUGUGUGGCCUCGGAGCUGACCUUCAACUGCAGCUGGUGCCACGUCCUGCAGAGAUGUUCCAGUGGCUUUGACCGGUACCGGGAGGAGUGGCUGUCCUACGGCUGUGCCCAGGAGUCAGCCCAGAAGACCUGCGAGGAUUUAGCAGAAGGUGACCACUAUUCAGCACCUCCUGACAGCUCUUUCUCACCGCUGGAUGAGGAUGUCACCACUGCCACGUCCUCGCUCUUCAUCGACAGCCUCACUACAGAAGAUGACACGAAGCUCAAUCAGUAUGCAGGAAGUGAAGGUCUGGGCAGCAGCCUUCCUGCCAAGAAAGGAGGUGCCCCAAUUCACACGGGGACCAUCGUGGGCAUCGUCCUGGCCGUGCUGCUGGUGGCCGCGAUUAUCCUGGCUGGGAUUUACAUCAACAGCCAUCCCACCUCCAACGCUGCCCUCUUCUUCAUUGAGCGACGGCCCCAUCGCUGGCCUGCCAUGAAAUUCCGAAAUCACACCAACCACGCCACGUACUCGGAGGUGGAGCCAAGCAGCCAGGAGAAGGAGGGCUUCGUGGAAGCAGAACAGUGCUGAGCGCUUCUCCCCCCGCGUCUCGAACCUCCCGCCUCUCAACUGUUGGAGUCUUCUCUUAUUCUAUUGCAAAGUCUUUCCCCUCUUGGAAAAGAAAGAGCAAGUAGAGGAAAAAAAGACCCAAUGGAGCAAUUACAAAGAAGGAGUCGGGGUGACGGGAGGCUGGGACUCACCUGGAUUCCACAGGGGACAGCAGAGCCUGCAGCGGUGACGGUCAGGGGUGACAUGGGACGCUCCUGGCAGCCCGGCACCGAAGCCCUGGAGAAAGGAGCACAGUCAAAGUUUUGGUUUGGCCUGGCUUUUUUGUGUUGUGGUUGGGUUUUCCCCUCUCCCUGUGUGGGGCUGACCUCUUCCCUCCUCCACUGGGAGUCAACAGGGGCAACAAAGCAGGGGCAAAUCUGGGGAUGGGCAAAAUACACGGUUUCCUCAAGCAGCAGGCUCUUGGGGACAGCAGAACGGUAGAUUUUUGCGGGACGCUGGCUCUGCCUGCACUCAGGAGAGUCGGGCUGGUUCUCUCCUCCCCUCUGCAGGGACAGGCUGGUGGCAGGUGCUGGUGGUGGCCCAGGAGAGGUGGGGUUGGCUUUCCAGGACUCCCAUCCCCUCUCCUGUUCCCCCUCUCCCCCAGCUCUGUCCCUUUCUCCGCUCCCCCCUUCGCCUUCUUUUAAUUUUGUCUUCGUGGCCGAGAAGCCUCGUGCCCUUGUCUUUUCAUCCUGCCAUUGGUCUUCCACCACCCAUGGCUUCAACUCCCUGCCCUCCCCUCCCUGCAAAGC